AUGCCUUCCCAGAGUUCUUUUCCGGCCAUUCUUCACAUCCGCGAUUUCAUCGACUAUGUCGAGCAAGAUCCAACGCGCCCCGGUAAAAGCCUAUCCUUACAGUUACGCGUAUCACUCAAUAUACCAGACAAAGAUAUACAAUCAGACGAUGUUGAACAGGACGAUAUUCCCACUUUAAUUCGGUUCUUCAAUGAAGGGAACCAACCGGACCUCUACCAAUCGAACGCUUUUAUUUAUGCGUGGGGUUCAUUCCUCACCACCUCCUCUGAUAGUGAGGGCUUCCACAUCCUUCUCCAUGCUAAUGGCGUUGACAGGCACCCGGGCGACCAAGAAGAUACUGGUUCAUACUUUAUGCACUGCCCUGAAGCGGCUCUGCCCGUCGUAACCGUCCUUGCAACUGUUCUCGAACGUGGAGGUCAACUAAAUACUGGCGCAACUCUCCUACACUACCGCCUCCAGUCUACUGUGUACAACAGCUCGUCUCGAAGCUAUAACACAUUUCCCCUUACUGCAUACUUCAAGAAUGGACAACGUUGGGUGAACUUCCCACCAUUGACUAUCAACACCAACAUUUUUCUGACUGGGCGUAUUUUCGGCAUCACCAAGAACAACCGCCAGCUAGCUGUGAUUACGGAUGACAUACAUUUCCUUCCAACUCAACAACAGUCUUUGCCAUCCACACCAUCUCCGACAGCUAGUAAACGCAAACGCCAAGAUCGCUGGACCCAAAGGGCUAAUACUCGUUCUCCACGCAAGCCAGCCACCGUAUUAGAGAACGAUUUAAUCCCAAACCCCCAACAGUCAUACGACACGACAGGAAGAACCACUUCCCCGAAUAAUGAUGAAGAGGGAACGUUGAUAACCUGGCCGGACACCACCGACGAUGGUCAAACCUUACCACAACCUCGCACUCCUACACCAGAGAGGCGUUCCCAGAGGCAACGAAAAGCACCCCGAAACUAA